ACUACCCGUCCUGCUUCUCAUCUUCUGCACCUUUCGUUCCACCCUACUGUGGUCGAGAUGUCACAGCCAAAGGGAUCAACCCCGCAGGGGCUUGACUGUUUCAGCUAUCUCCCAAUGGAACUCAACGUUCAAAUCAUGCUGUUUCUUGAUCUAGAAGGGCUAUUGUUGCUGACGAGAGCUUCGCCCACCGCAUGGCAGCAUUUCCGAGCAGGUCACACCUUGAUCCUGAAACCCAGACUUCCUUUGAUUUACAGCCACUAUGGACACCCAGCGGCCAUUCCAUUAGUAAUUCUUCUGACGCGUCUUCAGAGGCUGCGUACCAAACUCAACUCGAAGCCCAGAGCAGAGUUAGAGAGCAGCCUCGAACCCAUCCUCAACUCUAUUCUUUCUCGAGACUGCAUGGAAAUGCCACACGAAUGGGAAUCGAAUUUGCCCAUCUUGGCGACUGUGGCGGGUCUGGUACCGGAGCUUUGCAAUGCCUUUGAGAGAUUGGACACGGUAUAUCUGGGACCAGAGACAUCACUCUACAGAUGGCCUCAACGACAGACAUGGAUCUUUGUCGAGUCAUUUCUACGAUUUGAGUGCUUUUGCAAGAUUUCCUACUGGCGAAAGGGAUUCUUAUUCAAGAAGAGAUUUUACUUUAAAUAUAUCUUCUUGAAACCCUUUCAUGCCAAUACCCCGUUCAGUACCAGCGACUUGAGUCGAUGGGGCCAAGUUGAAGGUCUUGACGAAACCACCGACCUACACUUGAAUCUGUUAAAAACAAUUGGUUUUGAAUUCAAUGCACCAGAGGAGUCUUGUGUUCAAUUUGCAGCGGUCCUUAAUACUGUGCGAGAUUCACUGGCCUUGAAAGCCCCAAGAACCGCAAAGUCUGGGAAACACCCUCCUUACGCACCUCUUGGGCCUGAGACCUAG